AUGACAUAUAACAGGAUUGUCAAAACGACGACAGUGCUUGAAUACCGACACGUUCCUGCAAAUUCACCAAGACCUACGACUUCUACCACCACUACUACUACAACUACGACAACAACAAAACGACCUGUUCCGUUCAUAAACAUACAAACCGACUCUAAAUGCGAGGACAACCAUUCUUGCCUCUCUCUUGUACCGAGUGGUUUCUGCAAGGGUACACUAUCGGAGGCUACCAAGAAGAAAGUGUGUCCAAGAUCAUGUGGCUUCUGUGAUUCUUUGCGUUAA